UUCGGCUCAGAUUGUUUGAUGAUGGGAGAUCUAGCAGGGACAUGUCUGAUAACUAUUUCAUUUGGAUGGAGAGGGGCAAGACCAUGCAACCAUCUGUGAUUCAGACACGCUGUUCUCUAUCGAGUCGCGCAGCCAUCAGCUGUUAGCCUUAUAUAUAAACUCCUGACAGAGACCCAAGGGGUGCUUUUUGUCGCUGGAUUCUUUUUGCGGGGCUUGGGGAGUCGCUAAGGGGGGCGGAAAAGUCGCUAUUUUGCCCCUGCGGGGCCUAUUGACGUGACUUUUUUCCGAGUCGGUGACGCUGUAUUUUUAGGCGGAUUUGCCUGUGCAUGUCAGGCCGCCCUGCAGGAUUAGCCCAGACAUGCCCUCCGAUCGCGCUUAGCCGUGACUGGACGGCCGUGCGGGACCAGCCCAGGAAAGGCGAUAAGUAACCGGGGCUUCUCGCUUAAAUAGCCGCGCCGUUCUGCUGCUGUCACCUCGGAGGGCAGCAUUCUGGCGAAACCAGGGCUCGGCUGUUACCAUGUGCAGGAUCAUGCCCAUCAACAAACCAGUCCUGGAAGCACUGCGCACUGGCCCAGUCCGCCGGAACCUCUUUGGCCAGGUCGAUCACGAGCAGAUGAAGAAAGAUCACGAGGAUCUCCUGCAGGACGACCUGAAGGACAAGACAUGCCGCUGGGGCUUCGACUUUGUGGGGGAUGUGCCACUUGAAAACCACGACUUCCAGUGGGUGGCGCUGCCCGAGGAUCAGGUCCCGGCUCUCUACCGCCCCUCUGUGGUCCGUCAAGGCAUGGCACGGAAGCUUGGCGCGGUGAUGGAGAAUCUGGAAGAGGAAGCUGAGGAUGACUUUGAGAGCACCUCCCGUACUGCAGCCCAGAAUGUAGAGAGGAUGCCGGAGACAAAGCAGAAGUAUGCGGUGAAGAGGAAGCAGACCAAUAUCACAGAUUAUUACCAGGCCAAGCGAAGAGCAGUGAAAACGCCACGCAAGUCAGGCCAGUGAACAUCACUGCUUAGCCAAGUGCCACGGAACUGCAGAAAGGCAGGGUUUUUGGCAGGAUGGCAGACAGGAGGCGAUACAUACACACUGCAGUUUGCCAGGAGGGGGACAUUGAAUGACUUGUUUAAAGACCUCUUGGAAAUGCGGGAGCCAAACCCCAAACCGCAAAGCCUGGAUUCCUUAGCAUUGACAAAUUCUGCCAGAAACUGGUGGACCUUUCACAGCUCAGGCGUUGUAGCAACAAUCAAGAGUGACAAUUAAUGAGUUAAUCAUGAGUGUAAUUUCUGGCAAAUUUGAGUGUCUGUGACUACUAAUUUUAAUUUAUUUGUCAAAUUCAGAUAUUAUUAUUAUUAUUAUUAUUAUUAUUAUUAAGAGGGGUGUAGGAGGUGAAAUUUUAAUAGAUUCAAUAGUUUCCAAGAAAAUUUGAAUAACACUACAGAAUGUGAUUUUAUGUUAUUCAGUUACGUGUUUUCACAAAUUUCCCUUUGACGUCAUAGUAAAUGCCCUUAAAUGCAUAUAUGUCCUUUAUUUAUUUUGUUAAAUAGGUGCAUUUUUAGUAUGGAUUUCCUGACUUUUAUAAUUAGAAACUAUGCUCUUUUUCCAAACUAUUCUUGAAGAGUAUUCCUACUUGUACAGUGAGGUAGGCGCAGCAUAUAAAUGGAUACUUUUACCCCCUCCUGGGGUAGUUGCAUCUCCUUGAUACCUGCUGCAAUGUUAAUGCGCGGUGAGGAGCCGCAUUGGUGGGGAUGCACUGGAUGCUCUUAGGAGGGUAGCGGACUGGGGGCAAAAUGGGAAACUGGCACUUUUUUUGAGACCUCAAAAAAGAGGUGGAGAAACCCGGGGUUUUUACAGACCCCCAUAGUGCUGCUUCUUUGGCCGAACUUGAGGAAUCUCCUGAACUUCCAUUAUUAAUGAUGAUGCUGACAGGAUUGCACAGAACUCUAUGCGACUGAGAGUAUCUGCAAUACAGACCAAUAAAGCCGAAUAUCUGCGAUAUUUAUAUGUUUAGCAAAUGUUUGCAUCAAAAGUUACAAACAAAUGAGGUAGAUUGUACAUAAUAUAUUAGCAUGACUGUAAGACUAUAUUACAAGGAUAUUCCCUAACAGCUUUUUAAAAAUUAAAGUUAAAUUCAUUUGCACAGGCUAGAUCCACCCAUAUAAUGAAUGAUGAACAUCAUGCAGUGGGUUCAGCGUUACGUGUUUUCACAAAUUUCCCUUUGAUGUCAUAGCAAAUGCCCUUAAAUGCAUAUAUGUCCUUUAUUUAUUGUUAAAUUGGUGCAUUUGUUGUCUGAUGUGUACAUGAAUAAAUACCCCUUUCAGGUUAA